AUGUCCGCCAAAACAUUCUUCGCUCUCGCUUUUGCGGCGGGGGCUCUAGCUGUUGACCUCAAGACCUGCAACAAGAACAUCCAGGACCGUCUCGCGAACCAGUCACUGGCUUCGGAUGCCUCCAUCUUCUACUUCGACGGGACGAAAUAUCAUUCCGACCCCCGCAAUCUUGCGCUCACCAUUCGCGGCUGCCAGGCCGAAUGUCCGCAGCCCAACUUUGGCCUCUACGAAGACAUGUGGCCGCGUUUGCUAACUUGGCUAUUCCCGGUUCUAUUGAUGAUUGGCAACAUACAUCUUCCCAAAGUCGGCGGCUUGAAUCGCAUCCUCGUCAUAUUUCAUUACAUCGGCGACCCUAUCGAUAGCAUGUGGUCCUUGCUAACAAAAGCGGAAGCCUGGAAUCGUUUCUACCACAUUGCCCGUCGGCACGAAGACGCAACAAACCCGGGAAAAUCGCCCACGGACAAGGACGUUCGUGCGCGAUCCUAUGCGGCACUGAUGGCCGCGUUCCAUGAGUUGACCGACAACAUGCGCACGACGCAGGCCGAGCUCGAUGCGAUAAUGCACGAGAAUGCGGCUCAGCUAUCCGACGAAGAUAUGACCUACAUUCUCAAAGAAACAGCAGACGAGCUGGUAGACUCGCGAACCAACGAGAUCAUGCGGAGCGCGCUGGUCAUCAUCAACUACCUCUGGACCGUUAUCGCGUCACUAGAUCCUCACAUUGGUGGCGAACAGUCGAGCCAGCCCGGCGGACGGAUCGGCACCGCCAUGUUUCUAUCGUGGAUCAUGACGGCUGUUCUGUUGAGCAACACGCUGAGCGGGUUUUCUAGCCGGCGAACGUGUUUGCGCGUCAUGGAGCGGUAUCUGCGAACCAUCAAGGGUCGAAAACGGGAUAUGCACUACUUCCCGAACUCGCCGCAUCUCGUAUCCCAGUCUCGAUGGAUAAUGUCGAAGAAGCGACCCGACAGGUUGGGCGACUACUUUGAUUCCCAGCCGUGGAACGGAAGUGUGUAUUCAUACAGAAGGGAUAAGGAUCUGGUACUUAGUAAAACCAAGAACGACAAAUCGCCUUUAUAUCUUCUGUGCUUGGCCGCCCUCCCGCCCCUCGUCGCUAUUGUCUCCGCGUUUGUCAUUGUAUACGAGACGCCCAAUGUUGGCCUGGGGUGCCGGACUCUAUGGGUUAUGACUUUGGGAAUCUCUCUGCUGCUGAGCCCAGUAAUAACAUACUUUCUGAACAAGCUCCCCAGCAAGAAGAUUUCUUGGUAUCUCGUCGUUCUCAAGGACAUUUGCAUUGCUGUUCCGGUCCUCGCCACUGUCAUUCUCUCGUCCAUCGGCAUAUUCAACACUUGCUGGUGUUGGUCCGCCAUCUACUCCCGGGGCUUCGACCACGCUUUCGUCAUCCUCGACCCCGUCGACGAACGAGAGCGCAACGGCAAGACAAUCUAUCCCGGACUCGUCGGUCUCUGCCUGGGUCUGCAAGUUGUCGUCUUCUUCGCUAUGCAUCGGAUCAUGAAGCCCGGUGGACGCCUCUUCCGUCUCGAUGAGAAGGAGAAGGAAGCGUCAUACAGGAACGCACAUGGCGACGGAACUCCCAAUAUGGAACCCGAGACGAAGUCAUAUUAUAAUAGCUCGCCCCGGGGAGGGCGGAACUCUACAUCCCCAUUGCUCGCCCCUGGAACGACGGAAAUGCAGGAUCUAGAGCUACCGCCACCUGCAAUGGAAAAUGACGGUGGCUUUGCGAACCAGCGAUGGACCCGCCCAAGUCCACGGGCAUCCCCGUCCGCUGCUCACUUUAGCCCGGUCAUGGCCUCUUCUUGGGAGCUCGAGUCCUCGUUGGCAAUACCGACAGAUAAGCGGAUGAGCUCAGCUUCCAAGAGGUCCCAGCUUCCGAUAGGACAAACCUUCUCCUUUCCGGUCCUGCAUGGCUCCGAACUCGUUAGCAUAUCAGCGUCACCUGUUCGCAAUUGGAUGCAAUACUCCAAUUUCACUCCGGAAGCACUCAAAAUCGGCAGCGAAGGCAUUUCAUUCUGUAACGUGACAGUCACCUACACGCACCCAGGCCAAGGGGACAGCGUCAACGUCCAAGCCUGGCUGCCUCUUACGUCCUGGAAUGACCGGUUCGUCGGCGUCGGUGGUGGUGGUUUCGCGACCGGGGAAUUCACUGGGGAUAUCAUCGCCUCUUUGAUAGCGGAAGGAUAUGCAGCCGCUGCAACGGACGGCGGUCAUGAUUACCGUGAGGCUCUUACAGCUCCAUGGGCACUCGUGAGCCCUGGAAAUAUCAACUGGAACCUCUUGAUCAACUUUUCCUACUUGGCGCUCCAUGAUAUGACGGUCAUCGGAAAGUCAAUCACUGAGCAGUUCUAUGGGCAGAAGCCCCGGUAUUCUUAUUGGAACGGCUGUUCGACCGGCGGUAGGCAGGGACUCAUGGUAGCUCAGAGAUAUCCUAACGAUUACGAUGGAAUUCUCGCUGGGUGCCCGGCCAUCAAUACUCCAGAACAUGCGGUUGGAAUUCUUUGGCCUCAAGUGGUCAUGGGGUCGAUGGGAUAUUUUCCUCCGUCGUGCGAGCUCGAGGCGAUCGUGGCAGAAGCCAUUGAGGCUUGCGAUGAGCUUGAUGGGUUGAAGGAUGGUGUGAUCGCAGCCCCUGAUCGUUGCAAAUUCGAUCCAAUGAAUGUUGUGGGCAAGACCUUCGACUGUAACGGGAUAAAAGCCACGAUAUCGACCGAAGCCGCACAGAUUGCGAGGGCUGCUUGGCAAGGGCCGUUGACGGAGGGUGGAAAGUCAUUUUGGCACGGAUAUCCGGUCGGAACCCCCCUGACAGGUCCCAUUGCUGUGGCAAAUACAGUCUGCGAGGAGAGCACGUGUAGCGGACUACCUAUGCCCCUUGGCGUUGACUGGGUUCGCAACUUCGUUGUCAAAGACCCCAGCUACGACGUUCGGAAAAUGACUCCCCAGGACUUCUAA